AGCUGCUAGCUGGACGGAUACAGUUCUUAACGAGAAAAACGAAAGAAGACCAUCAUGUACUCUAUUUAAUUAUACCUGCAUGGCAUGUCGUUCAUCAUCUGGUUUGAUCCGGGUGUCAAAGUGACCACGCGGCCAGCAGCCUUUCAAACCACAGCGUCAUCAUCGUCUUCCCUCCUGCUCCACUGUUGCUUUGCAGCCAAGUCUUGUCUCGGCCCCCGUGCUUCUCCUCGCGACAAAGCAAGGAAUCCGAAGCAGCAGCAACGGCGAGGUCAGUAGCUAGGUUAGAGCAAAGCACGGCGGUCCCAAAACCAACCCAAGAACCGGACGCGUGCACAAACAUCUCCCUCUCCCCGUGCGCAAUGGCCGGCGUAACCCCGAGCCCCACGCAAACAACCAGCCACGUCUCCGCGAGAGCGAGGACAAUUCCUCCCGGCCUCGUGUCCGUGUCCGUGACCGUGCUGCUCGCCGCCGCCGUUGGCCUCCUCGCCCUGGUGCCUUCGCUGGCCCAGGCGGUGUGGGAGGUGCCUCGCCUCUUCCUCCUCGGCCUUGUCAUCUCCUACGGCGUCUUCGCCCAGAGGAACGGCGGCGUCGACAAAGCCGGCGGCGGCGGCGGCGACGGCGACGGCAAUGCCACCAAGGACGGCUCCCUGGCGUGGAACGCGCGGUACCACCCCGACGACGCCCUCGUCAUGGUUGCAGAUCACAACGCGGCGCCAGGUGACGACGGCCAGGAACGCGCAAGGGAGAGGCCGCUCUCCUUGCCGGUGCGGAGGCUGAAGCCUGCGUCGCAAGAGUCCGAAACCGGCGAUGCCAAUGAUGGCGUUUCUGAAGAGACGGACAGCUCCGCGUCAUCGUCAGGGUUCUGGGGCGCGCGCGCCGCACCUUCGCCGCCCUCUGUUCUUGACGUCGACCUGGGCCUUUCUCCGUGCUCACAGCCACAGUCACCGCCGUUCUUUGCCCACAGCACCACCAAGUCGAGGGGCUUCUCGGGUUACCAUCUUUCGGUGCCCCGCGACCUAAGCGAAGACGGCGAGGUCACCGACUGGGAUGAGGAGGCUGAUGGGUUGGAUGAGAUGACGACCCUGUCGUCAGAAAGGUCGUUCCGUGGCGACUUCACUGCUUGCGUCAAUGAUCACAACGACGGUGACCGCUACGACGACGACACUUCUUUUGAUGAAGAGCUUUUGAAGCUGGCGACGAAGGCGGCGCCGGAGGGGGAGGAGGAGGUGGACAGGAAGGCCGACGAGUUCAUCGCGAAGUUCAGGGAGCAGAUCAGGCUGCAGAGAGUUUAGCCGGCCAUGGCAUGCAUGCAUGGAUCGAACACGCAUGCUCUGCCGAGCACCCAUUACAUACAUACCAUUACGAAUGCAGAGUGCAGUAGUAAUUUGUUCAUCCGUUCGUUCAUCUGUAGCAUCAUGUUUCCUGUAUCACUUUAUUAUUUUUUGGUGCUUCGACGCAACUUGGAGCCGGAAACAAGGUGUACCUGAAUGGAAAACAGCGUUGAUCUUUCA